AUGGCUCCCAUCCGGGUAGGAAUCGUGGGCCUGUCAAGCAAACCCGGAGCGUGGGCAACUCUGGCUCAUCUGCCUCGAUUGGGGAAAUCUCCCAACUAUGAGAUUGUGGCUCUGUGCAAUUCUUCGUUAGAAUCCACAAGGGCGGCCAUUGAAGCCCAUAAUCUCCCCAAGUCCACCAAGGCUUAUGAUUCUUACGAAAAGCUGGCGGCAGACCCAGAUAUCGACCUCUACGUGGUCUCAACUCGGGCCGAUACUCACUAUGCUGUAGCGAUGCCGGCGCUGAAGGCUGGUCGAAAUGUCUAUGUGGAAUGGCCAUUAGCUGCCACCACUCAACAAGCAAAGGAAAUGGCCGCGUUGGCAAAGGAGAAGAAUCUCAAAACCAUCAUCGGUUUACAAGGCCGCAUGUCCCCCAGCGUGAGAAAAGUCAAAGAACUCAUCGAUACGGGAGCGCUGGGAGAGAUUCACAGCGUCAACUAUCACGGGGCGAUCCAUGUCUGGCAGAACAACGCCGCAAGUCAUCGCUAUUUUUACUUCAUGGACCGAAAGGUGGGAGGAAACCUGUUGACGAUAUAUGGCGGUCACGUCCUCGACUCGAUUUUGUAUGCAGUCGGAGAGUUGAAACCCGGGAGCUACACUCCAAUGACGGCCAAUUUGAGACCGCGGAUGCGCAUCAUGAAGGAGGACGGAUCGCUGUCGGAAGAACUCUACGAGAAAGACACACCAGAUCAAAUCCUUUUGCAGGGACGACUGGACAGGAAUCCUCCGGCGGUAUUCAGUUUUCACUUGAGGGCUGGAGAUAGGUUCAUCGGGAAUCCGGGGUCCACAUGGAGAAUAUACGGAACCAAGGGAGAACUGGCGGUUGAAUUCGCCAGUGCUGGGCCACAGAUGGCAAAAGCGGGCAGCAUCCAGUUCUCCAACUCUGAAACGGGACAAAUCGAGGAUAUCGUCGUUGACGAGGGUGGCAAGGAAUGGACGGACCUUCCGACUCAAGGACAGAAUAUUGGUCGCUUGUAUGAAGCGUAUGCUGAAGGCCAGUCGUACGGAGAUUUCGAUCUGGCUGUUAAGAGGCAUGAGUUAAUAGAUGAAUUCUGGGUGACGAUGUAG